AUGUUUGCUACUAUGGGUUGCCUGGUGGCUAACAUCUGCUCCGAAAUCCAUCUCUGGACUCUCCUGCUGGCUGCUCUCACCUUGCUGCUCCUGGUUGACUACAUCAAAAACAGGCACCCCAAGAACUACCCUCCUGGACCAUGGCGCCUGCCAUUUAUGGGCAACUUGUUUCAGUUUGAUUUAGAUGUGUCACAUCUGCAUUUGGAGAUCCAGCCGGUAAGAAAUGGAGAGAGUGUCUGGUUUGUGAAGAAGUAUGGAAACCUAAUUAGCCUGGAUUUUGGUACCAUCCCUUCAGUGAUCAUAAGGGGAGAACUCUUAAUAAAAGAAGCAUUAACUUGCAUGGAACAGAACUUUUUGAAAUGCCCCAUUUUAGUGGCAAGGCAACGUAUUUUUAAAAACAAUGGAAUUAUUUCUUCCAGUGGCCAAACAUGGAAGGAACAAAGAAGGUUCACACUGAUGAUACUCAAGAAUUUUGGAUUAGGGAAGAAAAGCUUAGAACAACGUAUACAGUAUGAGGCUCACCAUCUUGUGGAGGCCAUAGCAGAGGAGAAAGGAUGGCCUUUUGACCCCCACUUCAUGAUCAAUAAUGCAGUUUCCAAUAUCAUUUGUUCCAUCACCAUUGGGGAACGUUUUGAUUAUGAAGACAAUCAGUUUCAGGAGCUACUGAAGUUAGCAGAUGAGACCCUGUGUUUGGAGGCAUCAAAGGUGUUAAUGAUAAGCUCUCUGCCUUUGCCUAUUUUGGAAAGAAUAUUGGACUAA